AUGAAAACUUGUUCAUCACUGAAUGAUCAAAUGAUUUAUAUGGUAUAUUUCAAGGGCUUGGUGAGUGAUGAAAUCGUCAUGAAUGUUAAAAUGUCGUUUGCUGGUAUUGGUGUUGCCAUUUGUGAUCCGAAUGGCAGUUGUGUAUUCGAACUGCCUAAAUCGUUUCUGCUUGAGGCCGGUUAUCGUGGAAGUGAAAGUGAUGUGGUGGAACUUAAUGCUCUGAUUGAAGCGUUGAAUGCUGCUGAUGAUCUCGGGUUAAAAUGUGUUCGUGUUAUCUUUGAUAGCUCUUUGGUUAAUCAAUAUCUCACUGGUAAGCAGCAACCGACAAACAAAAAGAUUGUGAGAUUGGUUGAUCAACUGAACAUUAUUAAGAGAAAGUUUUCUUACUUUGAUCUGUUCCUUGUGAGUGAUCAGAAUUAUGUUAAGUUUGCUUAUAAACUAGCUAAAGAUGCAAUCAGAUCCGAGGCGACCAAUUGGGCAGAUAACGCUUCUGGCGAGACAAUAUUACUUGAGCAAUGUACGAUAUGUUUUGAAUAUGUAGACAACGGCCAAAUGCUUUCUGUUAACAAGUGUCUGCAUAGAUAUUGUUUUUCUUGUAUGAGAAAGCAUGUAGAAGCAAAGUUGCUUCAAGGGAAGCUCCCUGAAUGUCCAUAUGAGAAAUGCAAAUCUGAACUGGAAAUUGAAAGCUGCAAGAAGUUUUUAACUUCAGAAUUAUAUGAUAUUAUGAGCUUGCGGAUAAAAGAAGCUUCUAUACCACCAGAGCAGAAAGUUUAUUGUCCAUUUUCUACUUGUUCACAUUUAAUGUCAAAAACCGAGGUCCAACAAUAUACUGCUACUUCGUCGACUGCUACUCAAGGAAAUGGGAUGAUAAAAUGUGUUAAAUGUAAUCGACUGUUUUGUAUCAAUUGCAAAGUACCUUGGCAUGAUAACAUUACAUGCUCUGACUACAUACAGUCGUUCCUAUAUCAGUCUUCUAAUGAAGGAAAACUCCGGUCUCUUGCAUCACAAAAUCGUUGGCGUCAGUGUGUCAAGUGCAGUAAUUUGGUUGAACUUGCAGCAGGGUGCUACCAUAUCUAUUGCAGAUGUGGAUAUGAGUUUUGCUACAUAUGUGGAUCUCAGUAUAUCAACAAGACACCAACUUGCAAGUGUCCACUCUGGGACGAGCACUACAUCAUAUACGCUGCGCAGAAUAUGCAUCAAAACGGAUAA